CGGUUCUAAAAUGGAAUGCUUCACACUUUUAAUUGCUCUUCCCCCCCCCCCUUUUAUUUUCUUUUAGUCCUUGAAGAAAGUAACUGCUCAGACCCUGGGGGCCCAGUCAAUGGGUACAAGAAAGUAACAGGAGGCCCAGGGCUUAUCAACGGGCGCUAUGCAAAAAUUGGCACCAUCGUGUCCUUCUUUUGUAAUAACUCAUACGUUCUUAGUGGCAAUGAGAAGAGAACUUGCCAGCAGAAUGGAGAGUGGUCGGGGAAACAGCCCAUCUGCCUAAAAGCCUGCCGAGAACCAAAGAUCUCAGACUUGGUGAGACGCAGAGUUCUUCCCAUGCAGUUUCAGUCAAGGGAGACACCAUUACACCAGCUCUACUCGGCCUCCUUGAGCAAGCAAAAGCUGCAGGGCGCCCCCACCAAGAAGCCAGCCCUUCCCUUUGGAGACCUGCCCCCCGGGUUCCAGCAUCUGCACACCCAGCUCCAGUAUGAGUGCAUCUCGCCUUUCUACCGCCGCCUGGGCAGCAGCCGCAGGACAUGCCUGCGGACCGGGAAGUGGAGUGGGCGAGCCCCGUCCUGCGUCCCCAUCUGCGGGAAAACUGAGAACGUCACUGGUCCGAAGAGCCAGGGGCUGCGCUGGCCGUGGCAGGCGGCCAUCUACAGGAGGGCCAGCGGGGUGCAUGGUGGCAGCCCGCACAAGGACACGUGGUUCCUGGUCUGCAGCGGCGCCCUGGUGAAUGAGCGCACCGUGGUGGUGGCUGCCCACUGCGUAACUGACCUGGGGAGGGUCACCGUGAUCAAGACAGCAGACCUCAGAGUUGUCCUGGGGAAAUUCUACCGGGAUGAUGACCGAGAUGAGAAGACCAUCCAGAGCUUGCGGAUUUCUGCAGUCAUUCUGCAUCCCAACUACGACCCCAUCCUGCUGGACACAGACAUCGCCAUCCUGAAGCUCCUGGACAAGGCUCGCAUCAGCACCCGCGUCCAGCCCAUCUGCCUCGCAGCCCCGCGGGACCUGAGCGCCUCCUUCCAGGAGUCCCGCAUCACUGUGGCCGGCUGGAACGUGCUGGCAGACGCGAGAAGCCCUGGCUUCAAGAACGACACGCUGCGCUCGGGGGCGGUCAGGGUGGUGGACUCGCUGCUGUGUGAGGAGCAGCACGAAGAGCACGGCAUCCCUGUGAGUGUCACAGACAACAUGUUCUGUGCCAACCGGGACCCGGCUGCCCCCUCUGAUAUCUGCCCGGCGGAGACGGGAGGCAUCGCUGCCGUGUCGUUCCCGGGACGGGCGUCCCCCGAGCCACGCUGGCAUCUGGUGGGGCUGGUCAGCUGGAGCUAUGACAAGACCUGCAGCCACAGCCUCUCCACGGCCUUCAGCAAGGUCCUGCCUUUUAAAGACUGGAUCGAGAGAAACAUGAAGUGAGCCUCAGGCCCGUUGAGAUGCUGUUCGGGCGCCCAUCCCAUCCGUACGUGUGUUGCACGAGGCCGUGUGGGCCUGAAGCUUGACUCUGCCUGUGAAUUUGGCCGGCCCAGGGCUUCUGACUUCAGGAUCGAAACUCAGUGGAGAGUGAGUAGAGCUCACCUUCAGGUAGGCCACUGUGUCCCUGGCUGUGGAGGCCAUGCGGAAGAUACCAGGGCUGCUUGCGAGAACCGAGUCCCCGCCAAAGAGACCAUGCAAAGAGCAAAGCUUUGGUCCCCAUUCCACAAGCCCGGUGACCUUGCCCACCUGCCCUGCAGUCAAUGUCAUGGCCAGCUCUGGCCGAGAGAGGCUUGGCCAGGAAGUCUGAGAUUCAUGAGGUUUCUUCCAAGACUCUGGCCGGACCACGUUCCAGAAAGCUGCGUGUGGGACAGCCCAGGACAGCAGGGCUCGGAUGUGGCCUCGACGUUUGUGUACAUUGCCACAGUAAAGUGUGGUCCUUUUCUUUCUCAAUCCCCUGUACGUCUUUUAAUAAAACGAGGGUUGGCUUCUGACCUACAGAACAAA